GCCCUUCAGUGACCCACCUGCCGCCACCUGGCACCACACCGCCCUCCCCACCCCCAGCCAAGCUCUACACCCCCUGCCCCUGCUCCCUGUGCUGUCCAGCCACCUACCCCAGCCUCCCUCCACGUUUCCCUGACACCACACCGCCCGUCCUACCCCCGGCCAAGGUCUACAACCCUUGUCCCUGCUCCCUGUGUUGUGCUGUCCCCAACCCCCCUCCGCCUUUCCUUGGCACCAGACCGCCUCUCCCUCCCCCAGCCAACCUUUACACCCCCUGUUCCUGCCCCUUGUGCCUUCCAGCCCCUUUCCCCAAGCCCCCCAGUUUCCCCCUUCUCCAGUACCCUCCAUAUUUUCUCCCCCCUGGGGCUCGCCCCUCCGCUAUUAUCACCUUUCACCGGUCCCCCAAUCCCCUCUGUCCCCUGUUUUCCAGCCCCCCAUUUUAUUUUGCAUUUACCACAGCUCCUCUUUUCGGUGCACUCUCUGCCUUCCCACGAGAUGGAGGGGGGAACCGUACCGGGUCCUCACCCCCUACUAAUGCUGUCACUCAGACCUCACUCCCCCCACCGCAGACACAACGCCCUAACGGGAGCAUAACUCCAGCCCUUCGCUCCCCACCCACAAACUCCCUCUUUGGCCCCCUUCCCCACGAGGGGCCCCAUUGGGCAGCCAUUGCCCCCCCCGCACAGCCCACCCGGCCGGCCCCCACAGAGGGAGAUGCCAAGGGAACGGGUCGGCCCAAGGGAGAAGUAGAAGAGGUGGUUAUGACCCUUUCGGGGGGGGACAGGACAGGGGACCUGAUGCUCAUCGACCGCCCUCUGGCCCACUACCUCACCCUCACGGACGAGGACGAUGGAGACCCCUCAGUGCCCCAUGGUGAGGUCUCCCCCACUCCCCCACUCCCAAACCCCAUGCUAGCAGGUGGACCAAGGGAGGAACCAGAGGAGACAACGAGGACGAGGCUUUCGGAGGGCGCCCCCAUCCACCUCUACCCCUCAGCCCACCCUCCCCCAGGAACAUCCCCCCCACGCCCCCCACCCCGGCAGGCACUCUCAUGUGAUAGGCGGGGCAGCCAAGGCCAGGGCUUUCUUAGAGGAGCCCUGCUCCCCGACCCCGGACACCCAGCCCCUACCUCCCCCCCCACCAGGUCCCCCCCCUCCCACAGCGGUACACAUCUCCGAGGUGUCGGGUCCAACCUCUUACUCCCACUCCACGCUCUCCACACCUCUGAUCCGCCACCCCUCCCAUCACUUCCCCCGAGCUGCCCCAAGCAGCUAGUCCCAGCCGUUACACCAUCCCACAACGUCGCUCUCCUGCACCUUUGGCUGCUCACCUCUGCCCCCCUUCCCACACCAGCAGGCAUGGACAACCAAAACCAGGUUGGCUGCCGACGGAAGAAGAGAGGCAAAGGCGGCAAGGGGUCAGCUCACCUACUCCCCCCUCCCUCCCUUCCCCCCCAGGCGCCCCUCCUCACCUCACAUCCCUUUGAACCUGCACCAGGCCUUACCCCUAUGGGCCAACCACCACACACACCCCCUCCUAUUCCUGCCCCUCCGCAGGGCCAUGGGAGCGACCCAGCCCACUCACCCUCGGGCUGCCCCUCCUCACCUCUAAACUCCCCCCAGGUGGCAGCAGCUGCGUGCGUCAUCGUGGUGGGGGCCGACGAGAGGAGGGAUGCGCCAAUGGCAGACGCUACCGACUCCUCUUCCCAUACCUCCCACCCCGUUCGGGUCGGCGGCCCCUUUCCGCAACCCAUGGACUCUUGGGAGAGCCAAGGGGGCUCUCGAGAGCAGGGACCAUACCCAAGCUCUGCUCAGCCAGCACGCCCCACCCCACCCCCUACCCUGCCGGCCCUUCCUCCCUUACCAGCAGGCAGGCAGGUUACCGAGACCCCACAGGAGGUGAGGGCUGCCAUCUCAGACUUGCUGGCGAUACAGAGCCCUAGCAGCCCCCCAGACGCCCCCACCCUACCAGUCCCACAGGUCCGGACCCGGACGUAUGCGGAGGUCGCUCACUCUGUCCCUUCUUUUACCCCCCCCACUACUCAGCUAGGCUCGUCACUCCCAUGCCCGAUGGAGUCGGACCUGGUUCUGAGGCCGUGUCACUCGCACCCAGAUGUGGUGGCGCCUCCCCCUGUUCAGCCUGUCACCGACGCACUUCCCGUGGCGCAGGAGGGCACCGGCACCGGGCUCGAGGUCUCCGCUCCUGCCGAUACCUCUCUGCCUGGGGUAGCAGAGCCGCCACGCGGACCCCACCCCGCCGAGGGAGAGGAGCACACCACGGCAUGCUCUUUUGGCUCACCUCCAAAUCCUCCCUCCCGGACUACGAGGCCGGUACGGCCGGGGGACCCGACCCCAUCCAGUGUGGCACCAUCUCCACCUCCGCCGACACCCCUCCUGCACGAGGUCGGUGAGUCUUCUCCUACCCUUCUCCCAGGCGAUCCUCUUGGAGCUCAGGCCGACCAUGGGGUCCCUUCUACAGCCAGUUUCGACACCACGUCCCCGAUUGACCCCACCGACACGGCGACGUCACCCGACCAGGUCGUGAGAUGCCCCACCUGCAAAAGCUCUCUCGCGAACCGAUGCGCGCUCCAGCACCACACUCCCUUCUGCCAUCCUGCGGACGCAGCUCGAAGGGCACAGGCCGUCCAUGACACCACCUCGAUCCUCCCUUCCCACUCACAGCCGCGUGCGACCGGGAUACAGUUCACUGAUGCACAGUGGCAGACCCUCGACUCGGUGGACUGGACGGAGUACUUCUCGCAGGCUGCUGGCCCUACCUUCCUUCUCGCUGCAGCGCCGACCCUUUUCCUCGCUCCAGCGACGCCACCCGACCGCUCGCACACGGCUGCCAUUGCAAAACGCAUCUCCUGCUUUGGUCGAGGUGAGUGGGAUGAGCUACUCUCGGAUGCACUAGGCCGCUGCACACCCCUCCCUCGGCGCACAGGUCACCGCUCACGCAACGCCACCAAUCCCUCCACAGCAGAUGAGCGCCGCAUUGCACGUUGCCUUCGUUUGGCAGUGUGCAAUGAGACCUCACGGGCCUCCGCGGCUCUCGAGUCUGCAGAGGCAGCCCCAGGGACAGCUGGUGGUGGGAGAGGGGACACGGGCUGGGGGACUGCUGGAGCAGAGGGGCGAGGCGGGACAGCCGGGGAGGGGGGCCAGCAGAGGCAGCAGCAGGAGAGCCAGCGGAGGCCACGGGCCCAGGGCGCCACGCCUCCGGGUUUGGGCUCGGGGGUGGGGCAGGGGCGGGAGCAGCAGAGAGCGGACGGAGGUACAGGGGGGGCAGCAGGAUCGGGAGGAGAGGACCAUGGAGUGAGAGAGGCAGCAGGGGAUCGAGCAGAGCGGUUGGGAGGGUUGGGGGAGGGUAGGGAGGGGGAGGGGAGAGGACAGGUGGGUGGAGGAGAGGAAAGGGGGAGAGAGACGACCGGAGAGGAGGCACCGAGGGACCAGACAGGGCAGCAGCCAACCCAGCAGCAGGGACCAGUCGGACGCACUGGCCGUGUAGGCACCUCCUCCUCCCGCAUUCCAGACCUCACCUGCCGCGACGUUGGGCAGACUUUGAUGGUUCUUGUGGAUGCUCAAUGCAUCAUCCGGCAUGCAGUGCGGCAGUUGGGGGGGUCUGACGACGGGUGGAUGCCCGCACCAGUCCCACUGAGUGCGGGGCAGGGUACAUGGCACCACAUCACAGGUCAUAUCCCCUGUCCCCUCAUGCCAUCUGCUCCCCCUGCCCCUAACCUCCGCAUGCCCGCCCCCUCGCCGCCUCCUUUGACCCUCCCUGCCCCCCUCGCCGUUUCCCACCGCCCGCCAUUCGUUCCUCCCCGCCCGUGCCCUCCCCUCGUUUACCUUCUCCUCCCCCCUCCCCUCCUCCACUGCACGCUUCUUCCUUCCCCUCACCAACCUACUCCACUCCCUGCCCCUCCUCAAUCCGCACCCUGCCCCUCGUUUCUCGGCCCCCUGCGCUUGGUUUCUCCCCUCCCUGCCCCUCGCUGCCUUUCUCCGCUCCCCUCCUCCCCCCUCUCCCCGCUCCCCCACUCUCCCCCCCUUGUCCUUGGCUUCCCACCUCCCUGCCCCAUGUUUCCCCCCUCUGUGUGCUCAGCCUCUCCCCUCCCUGCCUCUCCCUCCUCCCGCCCUGCCCCUCAUUUUCCGCUCCCCCACGCCCGGUUUCUCCCCUCCCUGCACCUCCCUUUCUUUCUCCAUGCCUCUCCCUUGUUCCCUCCCUGCCCCUGGCCGCCCAUGCCCCUGUCCUUGGUUUCUCCCCUCCCUGCCCCACGUUUCUUCCCUCCCUGA